UAGCAGCCAAUUAGACGAGCGCAUGGGCGUCAUGUGAUUAUUUCAGGAAGAAAUGCAGUUGCUGCUGCAAGCAAGAUUGUGUGAAGAUAUAAGUUCUGACUAGACAAGUCUUAAAAAGCAUUGAACAAUAAAAUAAAAAAGAAGGGAAAAUGUUAAAUGUAAAAAGAGUUGUGUUGCGCUCCCGACCAGGCAAAAAUGGUCAUCCGGUUCCAGAGAAUUUUCGUGUAGAGGAGAUUAGGAAAUCCCCCGAGCUGAAAGAAGGACAAGUGUUAGUUCGGACACUUUAUCUCUCAGUUGACCCGUACAUGCGCUGUCGCAUGAACGAUGAUACUGGAGCGGACUACCUGUUGCCAUGGAGAUUAGAUGAAUGUGUGGAUGGAGGUGGAGUUGGUAUAGUCGAGGCCAGCAAGAAUCAGGCAUUAUCUGUGGGCACUAUCGUCACCUCCUUCAACUGGCAUUGGCAAACCUAUGAUGUGAUGGAUGGCAGCCUUUUACAAAAGGUUGACCCAGAGAUGGUAGAUGGUCACCUGUCAUAUGCUCUAGGAGUGGUAGGCAUGCCUGGCCUCACUGCUUUUUUAGGUGUGAGAGAGAAGGGUCAUGUGACUGCAGGUGCCCACCAGACAAUGGUCAUCAGUGGAGCAGCUGGAGCUUGUGGGUCAGUUGCUGGACAGAUUGCCAGAUUGGAUGGUUGUGAGAGAGUUGUGGGCAUUUGCGGAUCCGACCAGAAAUGCCAGACCUUGGUAACGGAGCUGGGCUUUACAGCAGGGAUAAACUACAGAAAUGGAGAUAUCAGCUCGGCGCUGAGAGAACAGUGCCCCAGAGGCAUUGAUAUAUACUUUGACAAUGUAGGCGGUCCCAUCAGCGAUGCUGUUAUAUCACAGAUGAAUCCCGGUGGUCAUGUGAUCCUGUGCGGCCAAAUCUCACAGUACAAUAAGGAUGUGCCUUACCCACCUCCUCUAAGUGAGGAUACCCAAGAAGCUUUGCUUCGCAACAACAUAACAAGGGAAAGAUUUAUAGUAUUGAACUACAUGGAGAAAUUUGAAGAAGGUCUCAUGCAGCUCAGCCACUGGGUAAAGAUGGGCCAGAUAAAGGUGUUGGAAACUGUUGUGAAUGGUAUAGAAAACAUGGGAGAAGCGUUCUGCUCCAUGAUGACCGGAGGCAACGUAGGUAAACAAGUUGUCAAAAUUUCAGACUGACUCAAACAACUGCAUCUGGAGGCCUUGUGGGAGUUGUGUGGUGUAGUCGUUAUAAAUCUGGGCUGGUAACCCCAAAGGUUGCUAACCCAAAGGUUACUCUAUUGUUGCUUUUUAAAGAGACAUUUGAGGUUGCUCCAGUGGGGCUGUCCCUUUAAGUGUGCUGCAUGUCACUUUAGAUAAAGGCAUCAGAUAAUUUGACGAGUUUAAAAUAAAAUUAAUUUAAACUAAAACUGGCGGCCUUGCUCUAAGUGUCCAUUUUAAACUAAAUUUAAUGUCAGUCUUCUGUAAUAUAUUGAUAGUUUAAUUAAAAAAAAAGUUUGAUUUAAAGAAUGCUUGAGGUUUGUCACUAAAAAUUUACAUAUAAUCUGUAUAAACUGUUCAUAAACUAACCGAAUGUAGCUAUAUUGUGAAGUAUUUUUUUCAAUUUAAAAUAACACAUCAAUUUAAUUCAAUUUAAAAUAACACACAUGAUCCUUCAGAAAUCAUUCUAAUAUGUUGAUUUGAUCCUCAAGAAACAUUAUUAACAUUAUUUUUAAUGUUGAAAACAGUUGUGCUGCUUAAUGUGGAUUUUUUUUUUUUUUUUUUUUUUUUUAAUUUUUGAUGAAUAGAAAGUUCAAAAACUCAGCAUUUGCAAUAGAAAUCAUUUGGAACGUUAUAAAUGUCUUUACUGUCAUCAAUUUAAUGCAUCCUUGCUGAUUUAAAGUAUUAUUUUCUUUUAAAAAAUUCUUACUGAUCCCAACCGUUUAAACUGUAGUAUAUGUGGCAGGUAUCAAGAUGUUUGAAAAUAGUCUAUUUGAUUAGUUUUAUCUCUUACAAGUACAUUAAUUAUUAUAUUAAAACAGAUUACAAACUCUUUGAUACAUUUACAUGAAAAGGACACCACAAAAUGUGAAAGUCACAAUAUGAAACCCCUUUACUUUGUUGUACAGUACAUGAAUACAGCCAGAUAAAUCAAUUCCAAUGCAAGAUGAUUCAGCCGUCCAGAAAUGUUGCAAAUAUAAAUUGAGGUCAUUUUCAUGUGGAUAAACAACAUUGUCUGAAUAAAGAGUUUUGACAUUUUGUGAAGAUGCCAAUUUUUAAAAGUAAAUUCUGAAUAAGUAAAUAUGUAUUCAUCUUUCACUGAAAAGAAACUAUUUUUGUGCCUUCCACAAACAAAAAAAAUGUGAACAGCACUUUCUAACAUCAGUGGAAUUACAAAAGCCACAUGAUCACAGAAACAGAGAAUGCCCAUAAAACAGUGCAGAACAACUGGAAGGAAUAAUCAUUACAAUAUCAAUAUGUGGAUGAGUACGUUAAAAUAAUAAAAAAAAAAAAUUAAAUACAGCAUUUAAAACCAAAUCACAUAUAAGCAGAUAUUUCUUCAUCAAACAUUCAAAGUCCUAUUGGUUCACCACAAAUCUAGAUUAACAUGUACUGAGUAAAUGUGGAAUCUUCUAAAAAUGUUCGUUCUCACUGUCGUGUGCCUUAAAACUGCAACAAAACUCUUUCAAAAUAACAUUCAGGUCAUUGAAAGACAAACUAGAGCAGCCUAUUGUUCAAGUCUUUACUUUCCUGAGAGAGAACAGAGACCUUGAGUGACCCGACAAAACAGGAAUGUCAGUGAAUCCACCAGAAACUCGUGUCACAGCUCUUUCUGUCACCCGUCAAGAGGAUUAUGGGGGCAAAAAAGACAGACCUUAAUGACAACACAAAGUUUCUUUUCAAACUAGCCCCCGAAAAUGGCAAUUGUCUUUAGUUUGUUUGUGUGGUUUGUAAUUGUGAAAAACCAACUAUAAAAGAGCUGCUUAACAAUGUUUCUCUAAUAAACAUGUAACAGAAUUGUG